AUUAUAUUAAUUCCACACAUUUUAUUUAUAUUAUAUAUUUCAAUAGUAAUUAGUUUGUUUUUUUUUUUCAAGAAUCAGUUACAAUUUUCUAAAAUAUGGAUAUCAUGGAAACUAUAAACUAUUAUUAUUACGACUUAUCUGAAAAUCCAAAAGAAACAUUAAACCCGCGAAUUAACUACAACAAAAAUGAAACGUGUCCAUCAGGAUAAAUUGGCUUGAGCAGAAAGAAAAUGUGGACGAAAAUAACAUCCACGAAUGAGAGAUUGGUUUAUUAUGGAUAGUAUUUGGUAUCCAAUUAUAAUUAUUUUAAUCUAUAUUGUUAUUGUAUUUAAAUUGGCACCAGUAUUCAUGAAAAAUCGACAAGCCUACAAAUUAAAUACAUUUAUUAAAUGUUAUAAUCUUUUUCAAGUUUAUUUUAAUGCUUAUAUUGUUAUAAAUGUAUCAGCUUGCUAUCCAUUUUUUCGCGCUCUUGAAUGUCGUCCCAUUGUUUACACCAUGGAUGCUUGCGGUAUGACGAUAGCAAAAUGUGGUUAUAUUGGAAUAUGGUUAAAACUGAUUGAGCUCAGUGAAACGGUGAUUUAUAUCUUACGAAAGAAAAAUAAUCAAGUUACAUUUUUACAUUUAUAUCAUCAUAUAAGUACAUUCUUAAUUGGAAUUGUUUUUACAAGAUAUUUUGGUACAGAAGCAGCAUUAUUGAUUCCAAUUUUAAAUUGUGCCGUUCAUGUCAUAAUGUAUUUUUACUAUUUUCUCAGUAAUUUUGAUGGUACAAUUAAAAAAAUGAUCAUUCCUUUUAAACGUUAUUUAACUCUGAUACAAAUGGGACAAUUUAUCGUUAUAAUUUUACAAUUAGUAAUAGGUGGUCUUCUAAAAGAAUGUGAUUUAUCAAAAACAAUGAUAAUUAUAAUGUUGUUUAAUGUUUUUUUCAAUUUCUGGCUAUUUCUUCGAUUUUACAAACAAACUUAUCAUUCAAAAAAGAAAAGAAUUUAAAUUCUAAUUUAUCAUAAUAUUUUAAACGCAUA